GCCGCCGUAAUGUGGAGGUCAUGCGUCUUUCUGUUGGUGGUGCAACACCGAGCUAUGAUAUCGGUGUGAAUAGGAACGUUCAGGUCAUUCUCAAUUUAAGAUGGCGACUUUGUGGGUCUGGAUAACCGGUUCGUUGGUAGCGAUUGUGUGUUUCCUUCUGUUCUUUUAUGUAUACUCAACAUGGAAUUAUGGGAUCUUUAAGAAGAUGGGAGUAAAUGGCCCUCAACCCAGCUUCUUGUUUGGAAAUCAUAUGGUCUUUGCCAAACACGGAUUCAAAAAAGCGGAUAUGAUGUUGUGGAAGGAGUAUGGAGACGUGUUUGGAUAUUUCACGGGCAGAACACCUUCUAUAGUGAUAGCGGACACCGAGAUACUUCAGGAGAUUCUUGUCAAACAGUUUAACAAUUUCACAGACAGAGCGGUCCUUCGUGGUUUUAGUGGUGCCAUGAAUGAAAAUUUGAGUGCCCAACAGGGGAAAGUUUGGAAAAGUUCCCGCUCAAUAUUAUCCCCAACUUUUACAACAGGAAAGCUAAGAAAGAUGGACCCACUUAUUAAAGAAGCCGCCGACUCACUAGUUCUGCACAUUAAGAAACGAAUAAAUGAAUGCAAUGAAGUAGAUUUUGCCUGGCUUUUUGGGUGCUACACCCUUGAUGUUAUUGCCUCUACUGCUUUCGGAAUCAAAGUCGAUUCACAGAGAGACCCAAAUGACAAAUUUGUGCGAAUGGCGUCCAAAAUAUUAGCCAUUAAAGUGAAUUCACCAUAUUUAACCUUAGCAUUUGUUCUUCCAAUUCUGAUGAGGCCGCUAUCAAAACUGUUCAACAUAACAGUCCUUGACAAAGAGGCUACGGAGUUUUUCACGAAUGAAAUUCUAAAAGUUCUCAAUUCAAGUGAACCAUCAAUCCAAAAGGACUACGUUGAUUUCAUUCAUCUUAUGAUGGAGGCUCACAACGAAGACACGGAUAACACUGAUGAAAGAAGAGGUUUGACUUCAAAAGAAAUUAUCGCCAACUGCUUGCUGUUUUUCUUUGCUGGAUACGAGACAACAGCCGCCUCCCUGUCAUUCCUUGCCUACAAUCUUGCUCUAAACCCCGAUAUCCAACAAAAGAUGUAUGAAGAAAUCGUUUCCGUGCUGGGAGAGGAAGAACCCGGCUAUGACAAUACCGGAAAGCUCCAGUACAUGGAAAUGUGUAUCCACGAGACUAUGAGGAUGUAUCCGGCAUCUCCAAGGACAGACCGGAUAUGUGUUCGUGAAACGGAAGUGAAAGGAUUGAAAAUUCCUGAGGGCAUGCAGAUUGCAGUACCUAUUUAUAUCUUGCAUCAUAACGAAAAACUAUGGCAAGACCCAGAGAAAUUUGAUCCAGAAAGAUUUUCAGCAGAAAAUAAAGAAAAAAUUAAGCCUUGUCAGUUUAUGCCGUUUGGUUUUGGUCCUCGGAUAUGUAUUGGGAAAAGACUGGCUAUUACUGAAAUGAAAAUAGCCUUGGCAAAACUCCUUAGAGAAUUUAUUUUAGUGAAAUGUGACAAAACAAAGAUCCCUCCAAAAGAGCUCCAGACUGGUCUAAUAAAACCUGAAGAUAUGUGGCUCAGAGUUCAAUUACGGUCAUCUGAGGAGUCCGAUUAAGUCAUACAUAUAACUUGUUACUAUUGAGAUCCAAAUGUAGUAAAGAUGCCCGCUGUAAAGCGUGAGACAGAUUUAGUAUGUGGAGUUCGGAAUACAGCAUUCAAUGGUUCCGUCAGGACUCUGAUUGUUAACAAACUCUGUAUCUACGUCUACUGAGUACUUUAACCCUUGAUUCUUAAGAUAUCCGACCGUGUUUAUCUUGUUUCUUGCUACGUCUAAUCACGAUCUAAACAUAACAUCAACUUGUUUGAAUUUGAAUUUUUUAAACACGCAUUCAAUUGCAUUCAAAUUACUAUGAAGUGUAUAAGUGAAAUACCAAUAAUAAAUAUGUUUAAAUGUACAUGUAAUACGUUGUUUAAUUGUAUACCACGAGGUUAACUUUAUCAUGCGUGGAUUUAAUAAUUACGGAUUGUGGUUAACCG